CGGCGGCAGGGGUGGCGGUGGCGGGCCCAGCUCGGCUGCUCCUGGCGCUUGGUCCGGUUCGGCGUGUGGCUGCGCGCCGGGGCGGGCACCAUGGGCAAGCGGGACAAUCGGGUGGCCUACAUGAACCCCAUAGCGAUGGCCAGAUCCAGGGGUCCAGUCCAGUCCUCAGGGCCGACAAUCCAGGAUUAUCUGAAUCGGCCAAGACCUACCUGGGAAGAAGUAAAAGAGCAACUGGAGAAGAAAAAGAAAGGCUCCAAGGCUUUGGCUGAAUUUGAAGAAAAGAUGAAUGAGAACUGGAAGAAGGAACUAGAAAAACACAGAGAAAAACUAUUAAGUGGAAGUGAAAGUUCAUCCAAAAAAAGACAGAGAAAGAAAAAAGAAAAGAAGAAAUCUGGUAGGUAUUCAUCUUCUUCUUCAUCAAGCUCUGAUUCUUCCAGCAGUUCUUCGGAUUCUGACGAUGAGGAUAAGAAACAAGGAAAAAAGAGGAAGAAAAAGAAGAGCCAUUCACAUAGAUCUUCUGAGAGCUCCAUGUCGGAAACUGAGUCGGACAGUAAGGACAGUUUAAAAAAGAAAAAGAAAUCAAAGGAUGCAACUGAGAAAGAAAAGGACAUCAAAGGACUCAGCAAGAAAAGAAAGACGCAUCCUGAGGAGAGGCCUUUGUCGUCGGAAUCGUCAGAACCAGAUUAUAUUGAGGAGGUGCGAGCAAAAAAGAAGAAAAGCAGUGAAGAACAAGAAAAAGCAACAGAAAAAACAAAAAAGAAAAAGAAGCAUAAGAAACACAGUAAGAAGAAGAAAAAGAAGGCUGCGAGUUCAAGUCCUGACUCACCGUAGCAUCAAAACCGAUCAGGAUCCCUUAUAAAGAAAGUGCAAUGUGUAAGGAAAUUCCAGCUGUGAAAACCAUGGCGUAGUUAGUACAAUGCAUGACUUCCCUUGUUCUUAGAAUCGCUCCUGGACUGUUGGGUGGCCGCUCCGAUGCCACUGCGUGCAAGGGCGUGACUGCUGCCCGCUGCCUGACACCUGUUUUCUCCCUUCCAGCGCUUGGCAACUCUGGGAGCUCAAACACUGCAGUCAUACCUAGUGACUCAGAUACUUGGGAAUGAAGCUAAUAACUUUGACUAAACCUAUCUAGCAGUGAAUCGACAGAAACACUCUGGGUAUGUCUCUAAGAUGUAAUUGGAAAUGACCAGAUGAUUCUAGAUCAAUUUUUGAGUAGGGUUUCUAUUGAUAUUCCAGAAUCCUUACUCUGUAGAUAAGUGUAUUUUAAUUUUGCCCCUUGUAUACUUGUACUUUCCUGGGGAAUGAACUUUGGGGGGUUGGAGGGGGGUUGCUAUCUCUUUAGCUAGCAGAAUAGUGUGCCUUGGGUCCUCCACAUGUCCUCCUGUGGAUACAGUAGCCAUGCCUCACCGGGAAGGCCUCACGGGGAAGGUGGGCUGCAGCCAGCCUCGCCCUGAGCCUCGGGCGCUGCUCUGGGUGCCACGGAGAAGCAGCCCGGGCAGCCCAGAAUGCCCUGUCUCUGGGACGGCCCUCCACUUGACAGUAAUUGAACACUUUAGCAUUAAAAGGUUUGCCGUUUGAAUUGAUUUUGACAUCACUUUGGCUUUGGAGAGGAAGCAUUUCAAAUAGACACUGGUACUUUUUGAACUUGAUAGCUAAAGAUUCUAAAACGCAUGUUUUUAUAUUAAGUUUUAACCAGUCAAGAAAAUUUCAUGUAACCAGUAGUAGUUGCUUCUUUUUUGUAUGACUUUUACUUAGGCUGCAAUGUAAAGCUUUUGGUAACUCCUUACUCUGCCUUUCUUAAGUUCAUUAGUACGUUUAAUGGCACCUUGCCAAGAUACUUAGCAUGUAUAAAGCAGGAUUUUCUUUUCUUUUUUAACAGCUUCAUAUUGAAGCUGGGACUUAACCAUAAACAAGUUGAGUGGCAGGCUGAAAUGCUGUGGUUUUGUUACAUAAAGCUGUUGCCAGAAUCUUAGUAAACAAAAUAUUUUAAAAGCGUGUUGUCUUUGUAUAUUAAUAAAUUAUGACAGGUUAAAUUUAAGAAUUUCAUUAUUGUUCAUCCUGUCUUUUACUAAGAUUUUGUGCCUCACAUCUCCUGCUGAAUUGUUUAUUAGGAAUGUUAAACGAAAUUUACCUAUCAUUUUCACUUUACAUUUUUAUAUAAUCAGGUGACAAUGAACUAGAACUUGAUUUGCAAUUCUGCCUGUUACAGAGGGUGUACUGAUCACAGUGGUGUAUGCAUGGCAAGAGGCUGAAUAAAGAGCUAUUUUACUUA